AAAACUUACGACAUGGUGGAUCACGUCCACUAUCUAGUAACCAUUAAAGCCCAUGGGGAAGAGGGUUGGGAAUGCAAUUAGACCUAUUGUCUAGUGCGGCCCAUUUGGCCAAUUUGUCGGCUCAACUUUGGCCAACUUCAGCAUUGCAAUGCCUGCUAACUUUCGCCGCUGUCCAUCCUAUGCUUCUGCUUUUGUAACCCCUUGGAAGACGAAGACGAAGCCAGAAGGAGUUUUCAUCUUCAAGUGUCCAUAAUUAACUUAAAAAGAAGAGUGACAGCGCCAUUGGAGCGAAGAUCGGUGGGCUAUGUGAAGAUUGAAGAAGGCGUACACGUACGAAUCCAUAUAAUCUAAAUCAUGCACUGGAAACCGCACGUGUCUAUAGAAAAUACUCAUUAAAAUCACUUUCUUUCCCCGUCAUUAUCUUAGCAUUUACUCCUCUCCAACAGAUCUUCCGUAUAACACUUGGACACCUCUCUUCCUCUCCCCUUAAAAACACUCAGAUCUCAUUCAUUCCUCUAUUUUUUUUAAUCUCUCUAUCUUUCUUUUCCUUUUGUCUGAGGAGAAAAUAAGGUCGCAAUGGAGAUCAAACUUGUUGAUUUCUUUCUGGUUCCAUUGGGACUGCUCAUGAUGGUGGGAUAUCACGCAUGGCUUCUCUACCGAAUCAUGAAGCACCCCAGGAAGACAGUCAUCGGCGUCAAUGCCAUCAACCGCCGAUUCUGGGUUAGGGGUAUGAUGGAGGACGUGUCUAAGAAUGGAGUUCUGGCAGUGCAGACGCUGCGAAACAACAUAAUGGCCUCGACUGUCUUGGCAUCCACUGCAAUUAUGCUCAGCUCUCUAAUAGCAGUCUUGAUGACAAGCAGCAGCGGGAACAGGUCAGCCUGGCUAGUGUUUGGUAACAGGAACGACGUCAGCUUCUCCAUAAAGUUCUUCUCCAUACUGGUAUGCUUCCUGGUGGCGUUCUUGCUGAACGUGCAAUCCAUCAGGUACUACAGCCAUGCAAGCAUUCUCAUCAACGUUCCUUUCAAGAAGAUGUCCCCUGACCGCCACCACCAUUACCUCACGACAGAGUACGUGGCCGGAACAGUUAACAGGGGAAGCUACUUCUGGUCUCUGGGUCUGCGAGCUUUCUACUUUUCCUUCCCUCUCUUCUUCUGGAUCUUUGGACCCAUUUUCAUGUUCCUGUGUUGUUUUGUCCUGGUUUUCAUGCUCUACUUCCUGGAUGUCACCUUGGAAAUUGGCUGGGUUUCUGGGGUAUCUGACUCUGCUGUUACUCUCCCAAAUGAUGAGAAUGGGGAAUUAGGUUUAGGGGUAAUUGAUCCAACCAACCAAAUUAGUAGUAGCAUGGAAGCAUAGAAAUAGAACAGAACAGAAAAAAAAGAGGAGAAGAUAUGGAUGUAUCCACCACAAACAAAUAGCAAUUCAGAUUCAAUCCUUGUUGAACUGAAUUGCACUGCCACUCUAUCCCCUGUUCCAGUGCACCUGCCAAUAAAAGUUCCAUUUUGUUUUG